UAUAUAUAGGAGAGAGAGAUACCAACUAUUAGAACCCUACACAUAGGAGAGAGAGAGAGAGAGAGCUCUAACUCACUGCAGCCAUGGAUUAUCCUGUCGAAGCUCUCCAGCCCUCAACCAUCUUCUUCUACUUCAUUGUUCCUCUCUUUCUAAUGGGCGUCCUCACCAGGCUUCUGAGAAGGAGUCCGUAUCCGCCGGGCCCAAAAGGGUACCCUGUGAUCGGCAACAUAUUGAUGAUGGACCAGCUGACCCAUCGGGGCCUGGCCCAACUGGCCAAAAAGUACGGUGGGCUUUUCCACCUCAAAAUGGGCUCGCUCCACAUGGUGGCGGUCUCGAGCCCGGUAGUGGCCCAAGAAGUCCUCCAGGCCCAAGACAACGUCUUCUCGAACCGGCCCGCGAACAUCGCCAUACGCUACCUCACCUACGACCGGGCCGACAUGGCCUUCGCCCCCUACGGCCCGUUCUGGCGCCAGAUGCGCAAGAUCUGCGUGAUGAAGCUGUUCGGCCGGAAACGGGCGGAGUCGUGGGCGUCGGUCCGGGACGAGGUGGAGUGGACGGUCCGAGCCGUGGCGGAGAAAACCGGGUCGGGCGUGAACAUAGGGGAGCUGGUUUUCGCGCUCACGAGGAAUAUAACGUAUAAGGCCGCGUUUGGGUCGGACUCGCACGAGGGGCAGGACGAGUUUGUGAAGAUAUUGCAGGAGUUUUCGAAGCUGUUUGGGGCAUUUAGCGUAGGGGACUUUAUACCGUGGUUGGGGUGGGUACAUGGACGCGAGUUCGGCAGGAGAUUGGAGAAGGCGCGAGGAUCGUUGGAUGGGUUUAUAGAUAAGAUCAUUGAUGAUCACAUACAGAAGAAGAGGAGAGAUGGCGGAGAAGGUGAAGGUGAAGAAGAAGAUAGGGAUAUGGUUGGUGAGUUGUUGGAAUUUUACAGUGAGGGAUCGGAUGGCGCGAAGAAUGAUUCAGAGGAGUUGCAGAAUUCCAUCAAGUUCACAAGGGAGAACAUCAAAGCUAUAAUCAUGGAUGUGAUGUUCGGAGGAACCGAAACUGUGGCGUCUGCAAUAGAAUGGGCCAUGGCGGAGCUGAUGAAAAGCCCAGAAGACCUAAAGAGGGUCCAGCAAGAAUUGACGGAGGUUGUGGGCCUGGACCGGCGGCUCCACGAGUCGGAUCUCGACAAGCUCCCAUACCUCAAAUGCGCCAUGAAAGAGACCCUCCGCCUCCACCCCCCGAUCCCCCUCCUCCUCCACGAGACCGCGGCCGACGCCGUCCUCGCCGGCUACUCCAUUCCAGCCAGAUCCCGGGUCAUGGUCAAUGCCUACGCCAUCGGCCGCGACCCGACCGCUUGGACAGACCCGGAAGCCUUCAAGCCGAGCCGGUUCCUGGACAGCAGCGCGCCGGACUUCAAGGGGAGUAACUUCGAGUUCAUACCGUUCGGGUCAGGUCGACGGUCGUGUCCGGGGAUGCAGCUCGGGCUAUACUCGCUGGAACUGAUGGUGGCCCACCUGGUGCACUGCUUUACGUGGGAGUUGCCAGAUGGGAUGACGCCCAGCGAGCUGGACAUGAACGAUUUGUUCGGACUCACCGCUCCGAGAGCGAUUCGACUCGUCGCUGUGCCGAGUUAUAGGUUGAAGUGUCCCCUUUAGGCCUUUAUUAGAGGUCCAAAGGAAAGAAAUUCGUAAAGAACCAAAUUGUUAGGUUAAUGGAUGGGUUUAAUUCUUUGAGUUGAGUGUUCAACAACCUAAGAAAUUGGUUUCAAAUAAUUUAUGAGUCGGUUUCUCUUUUUGCAUUGCCCAAGCACGGGUGGGUCUGCAGAUUCAGUAUGUACCUCACCCAAUUCAAUCCGAUCCACUCUUAUACAUAUAUGUGAAAAAAAUAAUCAUAAUAAUGAAUAAAAACCUACAAUUAUUAAUUUUUA